AUGCGAACUCUUCCAUUGACGGAUCAGGCAUACAUCCUUCGAAAAAGAAGCCCGUUAGACAAGAUAACGUCAUUGAUGGGGGCUUUGCUGCUGCGUUACGUAUUCGUGCGGGAAAACUUGUCUUCCCUGAUAUGGCACACACUCGCGUUUCAGAAAGAAGCCUACGGCAAGCCGUACGUCGAAAACUCAAAUAUUAAAUUUAAUCAGUCCGACGAAAAAGGUAUCGUGGCUGUGGCGGUCGACUUUCUGGGAGUGUCGGAAAUCGGGCUUGAUCUCGCAAACCCUCAGGAUGUCGGCGACCCGCGCGAGUUUUUGACCCAUUUCCGACCGGUCUUCUCGGACCUGGAGCUUCAACAGAUCGACACAGCGAUAAGCGAUCUUCCCCAAGCGUCCCAGCAACAGCACCUUUCGCUUUAUUGGGCUCUAAAAGAAAGCUACUCAAAAUACAAAGGGGUGGGCCUGCACGGCGAUCUACAGCAAUACGAGUUCCUUGACGUCUCCCCACCAUCAGCCUCGCUGCAACAAAUCUCCAUCGCAGACCAGCACGCAGUCUACAAAUUGCUGCCUCAUAAUAUAGUCUGCAGUGUGGUGUCCUCUCGCACCAGCUUGCCUGACUUCGUCAGAAUCGACGGAGCCGAUAUGAUCGAUUACGUAACGAAUAUGCACUAG